GGCAGUAGUGCGCAUGCGCACCAGCAGGUGAGUUCUGACAUGACAUCACCGAUAUCGGAGGUGCCAAAAUGACUUGAUUUUACCCCAAGAUUGCCGUCCUAAACAGCAUCAGGUCCGUUAGUUAGUGUUGAGCAGCCAUGGGUGAGAACCAGCCGGAGUUCGUGACCCCGGUGAGUCUGGGGGGAGGGCUGAACCUGCAGGCCGACGCCUCCAUCACCCCCUACACCAUCUUCCCCAACUCCAGCCUCUCUCCCGCCGCCGCCAAAUGUGACGUCUACAUCCGCAACGUCACCGGGCGCGGCAUGCCAACCGUCCUGGUACAGGAGCAGCUCUACUACGGAGGCAUCCCCUUCAACCUGGGGCUCAACAUGGCAGCAUGAGUGCUGCUACUGCUGCUGUUUGCUGUUCUGCGGAAGAUAGCCUGGGACUACGGUCGGCUGGCGCUCAUGUCACGGGCAGAUGAAAGGACCCGUGUACUGUCAAGCAACGGGAAAGGGGCGGGAGAUUAUGACGUGUGGACCAGUUUAUUCUAUGGGGACCACGAGCCGCCACCCGAGGGGAAAAAUCUGGACGAAGAGACGUCCGUCGGAAGGGAAAGCAGGGAAAGCUUGAGCAGCCAUCCCGUAGCCCCUGGUGUCCAUGACAGGGGCUUUUGUUCCUGGGUUCCAGCUAUAUUCAAAAUAAAAGAUGACAUGAUAGCGUACAAAUGUGGACUGGAUGCCGUGCAGUACAUGACCUUCCAGCGUUACGUCCUUGUGCUGGUCACAAUCAUCACCGUUUUCUCCAUCGCUGUGCUCCUUCCAGUCAACUUCUCAGGAACGCAAGAGGGAGGUCCAGAUCAGUUUGGCAGGACGACAGUUUCUAACCUGCAGUCAAACAACCCGUUGCUGUGGCUGCACACGGUAUUCUCCAUCCUGUACCUGCUCGCCAUUGUGCUGUUCAUGAGACACUUCACCACCAACCUGCAGUAUCGGGAGGAGGAACAUGUGACGCGGACGUUGUUCAUCCGUAACAUGCCCAUCGGGCUGACAGACAGGGAGCUCAUCAAGAAGCACUUCAUGGAGGCAUACCCAGACUCUGUCGUCACUGAUGUGCAGUUCACCUACAACAUCACGAAACUCAUGAAGCUCGACAAGAAACGACUGGCGGCCCAGCAAGCCAAGAUCCAGACCCAGAGGAUCAACGAGCGCUCAGAGAAGCCGCUGACCAUCAAACCCGUGCUGUGCGGCAAGUUCUGCCCGGCAAGAUGCGGGGUGGUCGAGGUGGAUGCACUGGAGUACUACACCCAGGAAGAGGAGCGGCUGACUGCAGAGUGUGAGAAGGAGAAGAAAAGAUCCUUCCAGGAGGACCUGGGCAUGGCCUUCGUCACCUUCAACAGCGACAAGGUCGCUGCCAGGAUUGUCGGAGACUAUCGUACCUUCCUGAAAGGCCCGCCGGCUGCCUCCAGUGUCAGCACUCAGGUCCAGUCUAUGCACUGGACGGUCGACUUUGCCCCGGCGCCGGAUGACGUCAACUGGGAGAACCUGUCCAUCUCUGGAGUGUCCUGGUGGUUCCGUGUCCUCAUCAUCAACCUCAUUCUUCUGGUCUUCCUUUUCUUUCUGACCACGCCUGCCAUCAUCCUCAACACGCUGGACCAAUGGAAUUACAAGAAACUCUUUGAUGGCCUACAUAGCCCACUGAUAUCACAGACUCUGCCCACCCUGCUCCUCUGGACCUUCACUGCUGUGCUGCCCGUUCUGGUCUACCGAACUUCUCUGUUGGAAGGACACUGGACAAAGUCGGGUUUUAACCACAGUGUGAUGAGGAAAACCUUCGUCUUCUUGUUGUUCAUGACUCUCAUCCUGCCUUCGCUGGGACUCACAAGUCUGAAGGCGUUUGUGGAAUUUGCGCUGACUCCAGAAGGACAGCAAACCAAAUGGGCGUGCAUCUUCCUGCCAGACAACGGUGCCUUCUUCGUGAACUACGUCAUCACGUCAGGGUUCAUCGGGACCUCGCUGGAGCUGAUCCGCUUCCCGGAGCUGAUUCUCUACGCCUGGUGGCUGCUGCUGACCCGCACCGAGGCGGAGAAGCACGCCGUCAGACAGGAGAUCGUGUACGACUUCCAGUUCGGCACGCAGUACGCCUGGAUGAUGUGCAUCUUCACCAUUACCACAGUCUACAGCAUCACCUGUCCACUCAUCGUACCCUUCGGUCUGACGUACAUGAUCCUGAAGCACCUGGUGGACAGGUACAACAUCUACUACGCCUACAACCCGUCUCGCAUCAGCCCCGACAUCCACAACUCGGCCGUCAACUACGUCAUUGCUGCUGCCGUGCUGCUGCAGUGCAGUCUACUCUUCUUCUCCAUCAUCAGACUUGGAGACGACACUCAGCCUCGUAAAUUAGGUACCCUGGAUGCUCACACCAUCGUCACUGCUCUGGUGCUGGUCAUGACUCUCGCUCUCAUCAUUGCCAAAACCUGCUUUGGUGUGUUCAGUGGCCUGACAGCACACAAGUACCACCAAUUCACAGACACGGACGACGAGGCCGGCAGUACUGGCAGCUCCCCAACUGCUUUUUUCAACCCACCGUUUGACAUCGGGGACUUGCCGUUUGUGUCUGCCCUGCUGAUGGACCCUGCGUCCGUGUCGCCCACCACGCCGCCCAAGUCUGCCCCGCCAAUGAAGGACGGGAACCACAAAACCUACGGCGCCACCGAGCCUCCUGAGAAGGAGGAGCUGGACCUUCGUCUGGCUGACGGGUCUUAAGUGCAGGAGACAGGUCUUGAGUACAAGAGACAUGUCUUAAGUAUAGAAGACAGGUUUUAAGUACAGGAGACAUGACUUCAGUACAGAAGACAUGUCUUAAGUACAAGAAACACAUCUGAAGUACAGAAGACAUGUCUCAAGAACAUGAGAUUAAACAUAUGAGAGGGUAGUUUCUGUGACAUUAGUGAGCGAAGGAGCCUGUGAUUGUACAUAGUCAUGAUGAUACCUCCUUGAAAGCUGUUAGUGCUUCAGGAAGUCUGGAAUGGGCUUUAAUGUAGAUUAUAUAAUAUAUUACUAGGUGUAUAUUUUAAUAUAUCUUAAUGUGUAGAAGAAACAAAUUGUGUUUGUUGCAUUUUACAACUACCUGACUUUGUAACUGAAACUUCUAUUUAUUGAUUAUGGGUAGGUCAUAGUUGAUAAUGUGGUGUGCACAUUCUGCAAUGGGUCUAUGGAAGUUUCAGCAAGGAAGUGAGGAAAGCAUUUUGAGGGUCCAAGUUUGAAUUGACUUUGCUCUUAAUCUGGUGAAAAAUGAUGCUAGAUGGUACUGACAAAGAUGGCUAGAAAGGGAAGAUAGUGGUGAGUUUUUGGUGACGAUUGAUUUGGGUUCGAACGUGAUCGGUUCAAAGCAGACUUGAGGGUGCGCAGCCUUGUUGGAGACUAGAAGUAAGCUAGGGUGGGCCUGCAUGAUUUGAUGUUGAAUGAGAAUGAUGAUGUUUUACUACAAAACAUCUGAUGGAACUUUAGAUGGAAUAAUUGUUUCCUGAAGCAUUCUUUGGAGCACAGUGUUUUCUUUGAGGUGGUUUUCCAGCCAGCCUGACAAUACUGCUGUUUUGUAUUAAAAGAACUGCUGUUCUCUGAUGACAAAACUGCUGUCCUAAAGAGCAAUGCUGCUGUCCUACUGAUUGAAAAUAUUUCCGUCUUUGGGACAUGACUGCUGGUCUGUAUCAUAACAUUGCUUUCGGAUUGGAAAAUAAUGCAGUCCUCAAGGACAGUAGUGCUGUCUCAGUGGAAUAUAGUGCUGUCUCAAUUGACUGAAGUGCUGUCUUGUAGAAUAUUGCUGUCCUGAGGGACAUUUUUUCUGUUAUGAUACGAAAUAACCUUGAAUCCAGUCCUAAUUACACCAAAACUGCUGUGAACAUAUGUUUAUGAUUAAAUGUGUUGUAUAUAUAUUUUAAGAUGUAGACAUACAUUUAUGUGCCAUUGUGUUGAAGGGGUUUUCCAAGUGGUAUGCAGCAAUAUGUACCAGGUCUCUUCCCAAGUGCCCUUUAUAUUGUGUUAAGCAGGCAGUUUAUUAGUGUGCAUGUGUACGCUCAUUCUCUCGUGGUUUUAGUAUGUGUGAAUACUGCAAACUUAUUGUGCAUGGUGCCGCUGUUUGAUGGACCUGUAUGUGUAGAGCUUCACAACUGUAACUACUCAAGACUGUAUUUACCCUAGAGAUAGAGCUGGAGAAGGAUGGCCAUUUCGAACUCACUAACCAGGGAUUUCCAUAUGUUACUGCUGCACCUUGUCAUCUGUAGCAUACAUUAGUAGUAAGAAGUAUGUAACUAGAAGCUAGUAUUAAAGCAGUGUAAAGCCUGUAGUUUGUAACAUAAGCUAGUCUGUAGUUUGUAUGAUAACCAAAUAAGCAGUCUGAAGCCUGUAAUGUGGAACAUUAGCUAGUAAGCAUUGUGAAGCCUGUAGUGUGCAACAUACAUGCAUUUAGUGUUAAGCCUGUAGUGUGCAACAUAACAUUGUAAGCAGUAUAAAGCCUAUAGCAAGUAACAGAAGCUAGCCUGUUGUGUGUAACAUAAGCUAGCCCAUUAUGUGUAGUGUGUAACAUAAGCUAGCCUGUAGAGUGUAACAUAAGAAGUGAGAAGCCUGUAGUGUGUAACAUAACAUAGUAAGCACUGUGAGGCCUGUGGGUAAUGUAACCUACGGUAAUUAGCAGUGUGAUCCUAGUGGAUGUUAUCUGCACAGCACAAUCAUACAUUGAUGCAGUUUAUCCGGGUUACUCGGACGCUGUAUUGUAACUACGGACUAUAAUAGGCGACUAAAAUAUAUAGGUGGCAAUGCUGACUA